AUGCCUGAUUCCAAGAACGUUGUGACGGUGCCCCAGCUAGGCUUCUGGGAAAAGGCCGAUCUACCCUUCGUCCAUGCUUCCGUGGUUGUCCAGGCUCUGUACGCAGCGAUCACUGGCCUAUUCCGCGGCAAAGCCAGCCCGAGGAAGUAUAGCCAUCAUGUCGCUGCUGCAGCUAUUCGGGGAAUGGUCAAUAGAAUUUCUAUCCGCCAGAAGCAAUACAUCGACCCGACAACGCCGCAGACAUACCACGCUGUGAUGCAGCGAAGAGGCCUUCAACCCGAGGUUGUUGACCUCCCUCACGGCACUGAAGGCUACUGGCUGGGCAACAAAAAUGCACAGAAUGUGAUUAUCUACUACCACGGAGGCGGCUUCGCCAUGGCCGCCGGCCCCUCGCACUUCGAUUUCUGGCUCGAUCUCCUCCAAGUCGUCAACGAGAACGGCCACGACAUCGCCGUCUUUUUCCCACGGUACACGCUCACCCCGCACGAAGUCUACCCAACCCAACUGCGUCAAGCCGUCGGCGCACUUCGCUACAUCCUCACUGAUGCGGGACGCGCCCCGUCCAAUGUAAUUGUCGGCGGCGACUCGGCGGGCGGGAACCUUGCAAUGGCGGUGCUGCUGCACCUGUCGCACCCGCAUCCUGAUAUCGAUCCCGUUACGUUGUCGGGCCCGCUGGCGGGCGUGUUUGGUUAUGCGCCUUGGAUCAAUUUCAGCCCUGAUUGGCCUUCGUUCCGGGAUAAUGCGUACCGGGAUGUUAUUACUGACCAGGCGCUGUUGAGGUGGUCGAAUGCUUAUCUGGAUGGUAAGAAGGGUGAUAGUUGGAGUGAGCCGGAUCGUGCGCCGGCGGAGUGGUGGCAGGAUGUGAAGACGGAGCGUAUCUUGUUGUUGGCUGGAGGAGAUGAGGUUUUGCUGGGACCUAUUGAGUCUUUUGCGAAAAAGGUCAAGUCGGCUUUCCCGAAUACUACGUUUGUCAUUGGGUACGACGAGUCUCAUGAUGCACAUUUGUAUGUCGAGGCUGGCUCGAAGGAGGGGACACAGACGAGCAGAGAGCUACGGCAAUGGAUUGCGUCUCGUCUGUGA